AUGUUGUCCUCCUUGCUAACUGGCUUGGUGGGCGUCGUGGUGCUGCACUUCUACACGGCAAGGCUGCGUUCCUGGGAUGAGUGGGUCCCACACUUUAUCAAGACAGUCCAGAAUUGGUCGGUGGCAGAAGCCAGUAACUCAAGACCAGUUGACCCUGAAGUUUUCGCUUCCGUGCACCGGAAACGUGAAAAGCAUCUGAAGGAGACAGCCGGCGUCUGGUCGGUCAUGAUUGAAGCAUUUUGGCUUCCAUACUUCUGCGUCGUGAAUUGUUACGCUUGGGGCGACCCGUCACAGCUGCCUUGCUUCCUCAGUGGGUUUGUGGUGGUGCCUGCUCUGCACAAGCUUGCCAAGCCAAGUGUCGAGCUCACGGCUUCAGUGAUGCAGCAGUUCACCCUCAGCACAUACCUGGCGAUCCUUCUUUCCAGCGUGGGCUUUCCGAGAGAGUUGAUGCCUAUCCUCUAUGUUGCGCGCAUCAUGCUCGGCAGCUUUGGCGCUGAUGCUCAGUUCUCCAACAUGGUGAAUAUCCUGAUCGCGCCCUUGUGGGUGCUUUCGCACUGGAUGCAAAAGGCAGACGCUGAGACUGCUGAUCUCUUUUACUUUGUCAUCUCAGAAGUCUUAACCCUCGGCGUGACUGCAUUGGCUAUUGGGACACUGAAUGACAAAGAGUAUGAGAUCGCCGCGGCCAACAUGCAAUUGGAAGCCAAGGUCAGAGAGGUCGAAGAAGCUGAGCGUUCCGGUGCAGCUGCGCAGCGCCUGCUGGCUGUGACUUGUGAUGCUUCCACAAGGUUAUCGGAUGACCUCAGGAUAAUUGGUUCCUCGCACAGCCUCUCCGAUCUCCUGAUGUGCGGCUUUGGUGCAUCUGGCAGCCAACCCAGCCUCGAAGGUGCCUCUUUCUGCCGCUAUGUGGCCGCAGGUGACCAGCAGCGCCUCCAGGAUUUUAUUGCAGAGUCGUCCCAGGGGGACAGACCUCCAAGGUCGAUGCACCUGCAGAUGAAGGACUCCAGCGGAAUUUCGUUCAAUGCCGAGCUCUUUCAUGUUGCUGUUCCAUCCUUGAGGUCGGAUCAGGCGCACGAGCACUUGAUCGGAAUAAGUCAGGAGAUUGCAGAGCGGACUGGGCCCACCGAGCUAGUGGACAGCUUCGAUCGCACAUUGCGGACACAUGUUUCGUCGCAAUCAUCAGACAUGCGCCACAUCUUGGGUGCUGGAGUGAAGUCGGAUAAGCACAAGUCCCCUGCCGAGAAUUUUUCAAGCAGCAGCAGGAGCAACGGAAGCGGCAGCUCACGCAGCAGCAGGACUCAGAAUUUGAUCCGGCUCAGGGUGCUUGAGAAGGUAAACUUCGUCAUCGAUGUCCAGACGUUGCAUGACGACUUUGUCUUGCGCUCUGUCAAGCUAUCUUUCAAAGAGACGGAAGACGGCUCGAAGUCAGCCAUGCCCAACCUGCUCGAAUGGAUGAGGCCGAACUACAGGGACAAAGUGUACAACUGGGUUCAAGCUCAUGCGAACGCCUUCUACACUGGCCGCGACUGCAUGGAGUCGUCUCUGCGCGGAGUGAAAUUGCACUCGCCGUUGACUUCAGCGAAAACUAUUCUCGCCGGAGAAAUGAUAGCUGCCGAGAUGACCGAUACCCUGGACGGCAAUGAUGGGACAAAGAUGCCGCUGGAUGAGCAAGAGGAAGACGUCGAGAGUGGAGAUGGUGAAAUGUACAUGAACAUCGAGUUGCGAAGCUCGGGGCAGAACUACCAGCGUGCUUGUGACGGGAAGGUGGGCUGGCCACUGGACGGGCGCUAUGCGGGCCCGCAGCCAAAGCCGCUGCCGGCCAAGUACCCGUCCCACGCGCCCGGGAGAAAGCCUGCAUGGGAGUGCGUACGCAACUUCAUGCGACCCUGCCCGGACGGCUUCAAUUUCGAUGGGGCCAUGUGUCACGAGGAUGGAAGCUACAUUGGCGCCAACAUGAGCUUCGGUUUGGACUUGGAACCACCACAGUGCUCGUUUGAAGACAGCAAUAUGAGGCUCAUCACUGCAGCUGGCAAGUGGGUGGAAGGAGCUACAGGCCCAGAAGUGAAAGAAAGGAAGGAGCAAGUUCGGGGAGUGGAUUCCCAAAUCCCGAGAGAGGGAUCCGGUCGACGCGUGCUGUGCGGAAUUAGCGCCGCAGCAGCUGCACUGUUUACAGCUGCUCGCAGAGUUAGGACUGCGCCACGGGCCUCCUCAAACCCAAUGCCUGCCACGAGUAACCGCAGCUUGCUCAAGUCGCGUGUGCAGAUCAUAGGCUCUUGCUGCGUGAUUAUUAUGCAGUACGCGCUCCUCCAGAUCUUCAGCAUCUACAGCUCUGAACUGCUGGAACCAGGGGAUGCGAACCAGCUUUAUGCGGCGGCCAACUGGGGCGCCUGCUUCCUAGCAGCUCCAGCAGGAAUCGUCUUCGAUGCCCUCGGCCCCGCCUGGGCCUGCCUUCUGGGCGGGAUCUGCAGCAGCUCCGGCAUGGCAUGGGCCACGGCAUCAUUGCUCGGAACCCCGAGGAUCUAUUCAGCAAUGGCCGGAUACUUCCUCUUCGGCUUCGGAGCAACGCUUUUGAACACGGUUGCUGUUCUAGCGGCAGUGCGCGCUGCACCGCCGAAACAGUCUGCAAAGGUCUCUGCAGGUGUGCUCUGCUCGCUCGCCAUUGGAAUGAGCAUCCACACCGCGGUGCAUGCACAGUGGUUCCGUGGAGCGCCGUUCGACUUUCUGGCUUACCAGAUUGCCUACAGCCUGGUGAGCGGCAUGCUAGGCUUCUUGGUCUUUCGCUCUUCGGCCUGGAAGUCCGUGGUUGAUUCUGCGGAAGAGGAAAGUGGUGCGGCCUCCUCACAGCCCAAGUCGCCCAAAUCUGCGGCAGUCAGGAUUUGGAACAUAAUGUCAGCGAAGGAGUUUCCCUGGCUCGCAGCACUACACCUGAUACCAAUCGCCUAUUCCUUCGCUUGGCUUGGAAAUUGGUCGGUUUGUGCCGAGCGGCUCCUGAUCCCCGAGGAGGAUCGAACGCGCAUCGGCCUUGGUUUGGGUCUCUUCUCCGCGGCUGGACGAAUUUUGUUCGGCCUCGUUGGCGAUUGGGCUCCCGGGGGGCGAGGGCGCAUCGGACUCGAGCUCGGCUUCGUUGGUAGCAUUGGUUUAUUCCAGCUGGCAUUCUUGCUGCUGGAACAUGAUCAACGGUCCUUCUUCGAGCUGGCCAUGCAGCUUCAGUGCUUGGGCUACGGUGGCCUUCUGUGUUUGGCACCAGUGGCACUUCGGGCGGGCUUUCCUGUCCAGGAUUUGGGAACCAGCUUCGGGCUGCUUUACCAACUCCUGGCAGUGACUUUCACUGUCUUCAACUGGGCUGCGGUACCGAACACUGGAUGCGUGGGGAGCGAGUGCUUCCAGAGCUUUUUCAGCGUGGCUUCGAUACUGCAUGCAGGCUGUUUGAUUUGGGCACUGACACGGCUGGCUCGCGCCUCUCAAAAGAUUGCGUCAACGUCCUUGCGUGCCAGAAAACUCUGA